AUGUUGUUGGGUGCAAACACAGACGUCGCGACUAUUGUAUCUGGGCUAGCAGGAUGGUUGCGGCAACUUCGGAUGGAGAGGAAGCUGAGCGCUUUGGGAGUGACUCUCGCUCUCUCUUUUUCUCUCUUUCUCUCUCUUUCUCUCCACCUCAGCUACCUGCGUGUGUAUCCUGCAGAGCAUUGGAAAGGCGUAUGUGAGAAGCAUCAUUUACUGGCAUACAAGAUGGGGGUAGCGAUAAGGCUGGCCAAGUGUAUGAAAUGUCCGAGUCUGAAUUUUUGCCUUGGGGGAAAUAUCGUGUGUUCACAAGAGCGGCAAAGCCAAGAGAAAUCACAUCGAAAUGGUCCUGAUGUACGAGUACGGCCGUUUGUGCAGAAUUGGAUGUGUUUAAUAAAAGAAAACGAAACAAAUGGCUUCCGCGAGGCUGGUUGA